UGCAAUCAAAGUAAAUCAUUUGUGAUAGUGCCGUCGAACGGGAAAAAUACCAACUCCGUUGCUGUUUAUAACUAUUCCAGUGUGCGUAUCUACCGUCUACUUCGUGUAAAUUUUUUAUACUUUUCACACUUUAAUAUUAUCGACCACACUACCAUGAGCCAACAAAAGGCCGUUGUUAUUCUUCUUUUGAAUGUGUUUUUAACAUCAUUCGUCUGUGCCCAAUACGGUAGUCCCGUUGGCAACAGCAACCCUGGAUAUGGUGGUACAGGCUCAAGUGCUGUACCAUCAGGAGAUUAUGGACACAAAGGCCAAAAUCCCAUUGGAGGAGGUAGCGGAUCAGAUGGAAAUUCAGAGCCCGAGCCGUUCAACUUCGCUUAUCAAGUAAAAGAUGCACCCACCAACACAGACUUUAAGCACGAAGCAAACAGUGAUGGCAAACGUGUGACCGGAGCGUACAGCGUACUUUUGCCUGACGGACGUAAUCAAAUAGUGACCUACACAGCCGACGAAAAUGGAUACAACGCCAAGGUCAACUACGAAGGUGAAGCAAAACCACAACCAGCUCAACCCGGCAGCCAAGGAGGUUAUCCAUCCGCACCAGGUUUCCCAUCUGCUGCUCCUAGUUAUCCUUCUGCUGCCCCGGGUUAUCCGUCCGCAUCGGGUUUCCCUUCUGCUGCUCCUAGUUAUCCUUCUGCUGCCCCUAGUUAUCCAUCUUCUGCCCCUGGUGGUUAUCCAUCUUCUGCCCCUGGUGGUUAUCCAUCUGCUGCCCCUGGUGGCUAUCCAUCUGCUGCCCCUGGUGGUUAUCCUUCAUCUGCCCCGAGUUACCCAUCCGGUGUUAAGGGAUCGUACGCCGCACCUCAACCCAAAAACGGAGGAUAUUAAUAAAUAUAUACCUCUGUAACGUUUAUUAUUACCUAUGUUUAUUUUGAUGAUUCAUUUUUUAUAUUUUAAGCGGUUUUAUCGCCCUUGUACCUACUUAUUAUGUAUUUACAUUAUUUUUAUUUUUCAAAAAUGGCCAAAAUAAGCUAUACACUAUACAGUGGUCAUCGGCCGAAUUAUAACGAACAAAAUAUAUUAAAUGCUACAAAUUAUUUAUAGAUGUAUUCCGUAUUUUGACUAAAAAUAGUUACUUACUUUAAAUUAUUUUAUUAUUUUAUAACUAAUAAAAAUAUUGUUUUUUAUAAAA